AUGUCGAUACCGGGAUUUGGAAAUAUUGAUCAAGUUAAUGAUGAGAUUUUAGAUAUAAGUAUAACCAUUCCUGAAGGAAAUGAAUGGCGUAUUGAAAUCCCAUUUAAUAAAAUUCUUAAAUUCAAAGUUGUUUCAGGACUUGUUGAAAUCAAUGGUACUGAACUUUCAAAUAAUAUAGAUAUUCAAUUAUCUGGUUGCAAAACAUUCUUAUACUCACCAGUUUCUGAUUCUACUAUUGAAUAUUCAUUAAUCGAUAAUAAAGAUGACUUAUCAUUGGUGUCUUCAUCUGAUGAUGGAUUUAUUGAAUACCUAAGUGAUGAAUCAAAUAUGAAUUCAAUUUUAAAUUUACAUAUGUAUCUUGAAAGUAAAAGACAAUUUGUUAAAGAUUAUAAUUUUUCAAGUUCAAUAGAUCAACAACAAAAUGGUCCAAGAGUAUUAAUAAUUGGUUCAAAAUCAUCUGGUAAAACAUCAAUACUGAAAACUUUAGUUUCUUAUGCCAAUAAAAUGAAUAAUACUCCAAUAUUAAUUAAUUUACAACCUCGUGAUGGUGUAUUUGCAUUACCUGGAUCAUUAACAGCUACUCCAAUAAGUGAUUUUUUUGAUAUUGAAAGUUGUAAUGGUUAUGGUUUUACUACUACAAGUGGUACUUUAUCACAUAAUCCAAAACAACCGAUAGUAAAAAAUUUUGGAAUGGUUGAUUUUAAAGAUAAUUUGGAAUUGUAUAAAUUAAUGAUUGAGAAAUUAGGUAUCACUGUAUUAUCAAGAUUAGAGCAAGAUUUGAAUAUUAAAAAUAGUGGGAUUGUUAUUGAUACACCAGCUUUAAAUCUGAAGAAUUUUGAUGUAAUUGAAAGUAUAGUUUCAAAUUUUUUAAUUGAUAAUAUCGUUGUUGUUGGUAAUGAAAGAUUAGCAAUUGAAUUAACUAAGAAAUUUGCUCAUAAAUUAAAUCAGUUGAAUAUUAUUAAAUUGAAUAAGCUGUCAGGUUGUGUUGAAGUUGAUGAAAAAUUUAUACGUUUCCAACAAGAACAAACAAUUAAAGAAUAUUUUAAUGGUAAUUUUAAAACCAGGUUAUCACCUUUUAAAACAGAUAUAGAAUUCCAAGGAUUGAAGAUUUAUAAGAAUAUUCUAACUCAAGAUUUAAUCUCGCAAAUGGCUUUCCUUCCAGCUGGGGAUGAUUUUGAAAGAGAUGAAAAUAGUAAAGAAGAAGAUGAAGAUGAUAAAGAAUUGGCUAAAUAUUAUAAAAUAUUUGAUGAACCAAAUAGUUCUAACUUGGAUAAUUCAAUUAUUGCCAUUACACAUUUAUCAAAUAAUGAUAAGAAAAUUGGAAGAGAUUUAUUAAACACCAGUGUUAUGGGUUAUGUUCAUGUAAGUAAAUUUGAUGAUGAUAAAAAACGAUUGAAAAUUUUAUUGCCUUUCCCUGGUGCAUUCCCUAAAAAUGUAUUAAUAUCUACAAAUAUAGGAUAUAGCGAGUAG